AUGCCAUCAUCCAAGCAAUCCACCCCUGGUUCUGGAUACGACGCGUCUUCUGAGUCAUCCUACAAGAACCCUAAUCCCGGGAGGGUGUACACCCAGCACAAAGAUAGGAUGGACAAGAACCCAGGACCAACACCGCACAAGAAUGCGGAACAAGCCAAAGGCAUAGUAGGUCGAUUGACGGCGGUGACAGUGGAGAAGGAGAAGCUCCGCAAUUCCAGGUCUGGUGGAGGUUCCUAA